CAAACAAAUUACACAAUAAUUUCUCAAACCCUAGGCCCCCCUCUUUUUCUCUUCUCCAGGCAUAGCUUCUUCUUCUUCUUCUUCUUCUUCUUCUGAUGCUCUGCAUUGUUUUUCUCUCUGAACGAGUGUAAUUUGAAGAUUUUUCACAGCCUUUGCAUCCAUGGCAAUCUACUCUACUGUAAGUUUCCCAAACCCAGUUACCACUUGAUUUUUCUCUGUACCCAAUCAUCGGACGAGGGGAAAAAAAUCUGUCAAGAGCUAAAUUAAAUUUCAUAGAAAAUAUUUUCUCGCCGCUGGCGCAAGGUUUCACGCGAGACGAACGGCCGAAAGAGGCGAACCUCCUAACCCAAUAGAGUAUUUGUAAUGGAGGGCUCACGCCCGUGCAAGAGUUGUGGAAAGAGUUCUCUGGUUCGCGAUGACGUAUCAGCGUAUUUAGUAUGUACAUCCUGUGGUUUUGUGCAAGAUUGCCAAGAUUUCCAAGCCUAUUUCAACGGCUUUAAGGGGCCCCCUGAGGGUACGUUCGUCCGUGUGGGCACCUCCGGGACCGGAAGCUCUCUUAAUUACAAAGAAAAGAAGAUUUUGGAAGCCCAGAAGACGAUGGAUGAUAUAGUGUUUAGGUUGGGGUUUUCAGGGCCGAGGAAGAGUGAGGUUAAGGAGAUGGUUGAGAAGAUUACUGAAGGAGAGUAUGGUCUGGGCGAUUGGUUCCCUAUUCUUGUUGGUGCGUGUGCUUAUGUUGUAAUGCGGACGAAUAAAAAGUCGUUGUCCAUUGCAGAAAUGGUGUCAGUGAUUGGAUGUGACAUUCAUGAGCUUGGGCGAAUGGUUGCACGGGUUGUGGAUUUUUUGGAUUUGAAGCUACCAGAGUUUGAUAUUGUGAAUUCAUUUGAACGAGCAAUCCAGACUUGCCCAAGCUUUAGAAGAGUCUCUAGAGAUAAGGUGGAAAGAAUGCUUAAGCAGGGGAUAUUUUUGGUGCAGUGUGCUGUGAAAUGGUUUUUGACAACUGGGCGAAGGCCCCUUCCUAUGGUUGCAGCUGUGUUGAUAUUAGUGGCGGAAUUGAAUGAAGUUGAUGUUCAGAUUGAGGAUGUGGCUACGGAAGUUCAUGCAGCCGUAGCAACGAGCAAGAUGAGGUACAAAGAGCUUCUAGAGGCUCUUGUAGAAGUUGGUAAAGGAUUGCCCUGGGGAAAGGAUAUCACAAUUAAAAACAUUGUGAAGAAUGCACCUUUUGUGAUUCAGUACAUGGAGAUUAAGUCGAGGUCAAAGCAUGGUGAGAAGAGGAAGAAUUUAGAAGAUGUUGGGUAUUGUGUGGAAGAUGUGGUUAGCGACUGUUUGAGGGAAGAAGCAGGAUAUGCUGUGCACAGUAAUGUCUUUGAAAGUGAUUCUCAUUGCUUUAAGGCAGAAGAUGGAAGCAGGUUUUCAAGAUCAAGUAUUGAUGAUUUGGAGAAUCUCAAGGUUUCACAUGAAUGCUUGUCCAUGAUUUAUUCAAAGUUCCUGAAUGAUUUUUCUCGUGUGAAGGCCGUGGAGGAGUGCAGGGAUGAUUGUGGAAGAAAGCAAAAAAAUAGGUAUGAACUGAAUGAUGCAUGUCAUGAAUGGUGGAGUGGUAAAUCAGAAUUGUGCAAAAAGCUUUUCCUUGAGCAAGUUUUGGCUAAAGACGUAGGUUUUGAUGCUCUGCCUCCAUCAUUCGUUACCGGAUGCUUGGCCACUGAGAGGAGGAGGGAAAAGAUAAAUGCUGCUAAGCUGCGCAUUGAUAAGGUUAUAAAUCCUACCAACAUUGAUUCUGCAAAUGCAGGUGAUGUUUGCCUUUUUGAUGACAGACAUUCUGGGAAAAAAAGAAAGAGGAGACAUGAUGGCAUUGAUUGGGAAGAUGUUGUUAUUGAAACCCUGCUCCUUCAUCAGGUUAAAGAGGAAGAAAUUGAGAAGGGAAAUUACAAAUCUUUAUUGGGUUUAUGCGUCUUCAAUUCUGGGGUUUGAUUGAGAGGUUCCUGAAUGGAAGGCAUAUUUGCUACAAUCUAAUCAAUUUGUUUUCAUUCUUCCUUUCUUCACAACUUCUCUUCCCCCGACCACCCAAAUGAAAAAAAAACUGAGUCUCUAACAGCAAUGGAAUUUUCUUUUUAAAAGAGAAACACAAAUUAUUGUUCUAUAUAUAUAUAUUUACAAAAGAACAUUUUGGUAUAGUUCACUGGCAUUUGCCUAUUAAUAUAUGCUUGUUGACUAGAA